AAAUUGCCACCCAAUAUGAUGCCACGAAGUAAUUUGGAAGCCUCUACUGGUAAAAUGGCAGAGCCAUUUAAUUUUGAGAAAAAGGAAAGCCAGCUUCCCCCACACGGUUCUUUAAGAGGUCCUGUAGCACAGCAUAACCAUCCCAAUUUCAGACUGAAAAGCCCAGAGAAUGGAAAUAAAAAGAACAAUUUUCUGCUUUGUGAGCAAAGCAAACAGUAUUUAGCUAGUCAGGAAGACAAUUUGGUGGUCUCUGCAAACCCUGGUGGUAUCAGUGGAGAAGCAGGUGGGUCCAAAGGAGACAGGAAGACAUUACCAACAGGAAACCCAGUGUCACCAUUGAGUCUUGGAAAUAAUUCACCAUCCAACCAAGUCAAAACUAAGCCCAGCAGUAAUGUGUCUCCUGAAAAACCAAGCAGAUCUCACAAGUUGUUUGAGAACGCCUUGUCUGUAAAUAACCCAGCGCUCUUCAGCUCCUUAGGACCACCCCUCCGGUCAGCAACCUGCCACCGCUGUGGCCUGUUUGGAUCGCUGAGGUGUUCCCAGUGCAAACAGACAUACUACUGCUCCACAGCGUGCCAGAGGAAAGACUGGUCUUCCCACAGCACCAUCUGCAGGCCCGUACAGCCAAGUUUGCACAAGCUUGAAGACAGUAAACCACCGUUUGAGACAAGGAACAUUGGCGUAAAGAAUGAGAGCAACUGUCCACUUGGAAUUACUAAAGACAUGACUGCUGGUGCUGAGAGAGUAAUGUUUUCUGAUUUGAGAAGUCUCCAACUCAAGAAAACCAUGGAAAUAAAGGGUACAGUCACUGAGUUCAAGCACCCGAGUAACUUUCAUGUCCAGUUGUAUUCUUUGGAGGUCUUAGAGUGCAUGAACCAACUGUCCAGAAGCUUGAAGGAGACUUACGCAAAUGUGGUGCCCGAGGACGGCUAUCUUCCUGUUAAGGGGGAAGUGUGUGUUGCCAAGUAUACAGUUGAUCAGACCUGGAACAGAGCGGUAAUACAAGGCGUUGAUGUGUUACAGAAGAAGGCACACGUCUUGUACAUUGACUAUGGAAAUGAAGAAAUAAUUCCAAUAGACAGAAUUCACCAGCUAAACAGGAGCAUUGACUUGUUUCCUCCUUCCGCCAUAAAGUGCUUUGUGGCAGGCGUCACCCCAGCUGAGGGUGAGUGGAGUCAAGACUGCGCCGCAGCUGUCAGGGCACUGGUACUAGAGCAGUUCUGCUCGGUGACAGUCAUGGACAUCUUAGAGGAGGAUGUGCUCACCUACGCCGUCAGUGUUGUGCUAGAAAGUUCAGGAAAACAGCUGGAGCACAUGUUGGUCGAGAUGGGGUACAGUGUGAAAGCCGGGGAGCAGAAUCCCAGGAAGCAAGGUGUGGACCACAGUGCUCCUGAGGACACUGGAAGAGUGACAGCAGAGAACAAGGUUGUUACAGAGAAGGAUUCCCUGACCCCCAAAGUGCUGACUUUGAAUGUGGGUGACGAGUUCUGUGGUGUGGUCGCCCACAUUCAGACACCAGAGGACUUCUUUUGUCAGCAACUGCAGAGUGGCCACAAGCUUGCAGAGCUUCAGGAAUCCCUCAGUGAAUACUGUGCCCAAGUGACUCCACGCUCUGAUUUUUAUCCAGCCAUUGGGGAUAUGUGUUGUGCUCAAUUCUCAGAGGAUGACCAGUGGUACCGCGCCUCAGCUCUGGCCUAUGCUUCUGAAGAAUCUGUCCUGGUUGGAUAUGUCGACUAUGGAAACUUUGAAAUUCUUAGUUUGAAAAGGCUUUGUCCCAUCAUUCCAAAGUUGUUGGACUUGCCAAUGCAAGCUCUAAAUUGUGUGCUGGCAGGAGUGAAGCCAUCAUUAGGAGUUUGGACUCCAGAAGCUAUUUGUCUCAUGAAGAAGAUUGUACAGAACAAAAUGGUCACAGUGAGAGUGGUAGACACACUGGGGACCAGGGCUCUGGUGGAUCUGGUGGACAAGUCGGUGACCCCCCAUGUCAGUGCUGCUAAAGCUCUCAUAGACUCAGGCUUUGCUGUCGAGGAAAAGGAGGGAGUGGCAGAUAAACCCAGCGGCUGCCACACAGGCAGUGUUCCCUUGGCUAUAGAAGGAUCAGCCGAGCCACUGGAGUGGACGUGGGUUGAGUUGACUGUUGAUGAAACAGUAGAUGUGAUGGUCUGCACGAUGUACAGUCCUGGGGAGUUUUAUUGUCACUUCCUUAAAGACGACGCUUUAAAGAAGCUGGAUGAUUUGAAUAAAUCCUUAGCAGAAUAUUGUGCACAGAAGCUGCCAAAUGGCUUUAAGGCAGAGAUAGGGCGGCCUUGCUGUGCCUUUUUUGCAGGCGAUGGCAACUGGUACCGGGCUCUGGUCAAGGAAAUCUUGCCAAGUAGGCACGUGAGGGUGCACUUCGUGGACUAUGGGAACGUUGAAGAGGUCACCACAGACCAACUCCAGGCGGUGCUGCCACAGUUCUUACUACUUCCGUUUCAAGGGAUGCAGUGCUGGCUCGUAGAUACACAGCCCCAGAACAAGCACUGGACUAAAGAAGCCACAGCAAGAUUCCAAGCAUGUGCUGUGGGGCUGAGACUCCAAGCCAGAGUUGUGGAAAUCACGGAGCAGGGCAUGGGAAUUGAACUCACCGAUCUUUCCACUCCCUAUCCCAGAAUAAUCAGUGAUGUGCUCAUCACAGAACACUUGGCUGUGAGAUGUGGUUCACCACAGAAGAGCUCAGCAAUCGGCAGACCUGCUAGUAAACAUAACCACCAGAUGGACAGCCAUGGGGUGCAAGCCGUCCUUUCAGCAGACCAGUGGAAGACGAUAGAGCUGCCGAUUAGCAAGGCUGUGUCAGCACAUGUACUAGCAGUGGUAAACACAAACCUGUUUUAUGCCAUCCCCAGCGAGAUGCCAGAAAAUCAAGAAAAGCUGUAUGUGUUAACGGCUGAAUUGUUAGAACACUGUAAUGCUCAGAAAGGCCAUCCAUCCUACAGACCACGGACAGGAGAAGCGUGCUGUGCCAAGUACACAAGUGACAACUUCUGGUACCGUGCCAUUGUUCUGGAAACUUCAGACUCCAGCGUGAAAGUGCUGUAUGCAGAUUACGGAAACAUGGAAACCCUGCCCCUCUCCAGAGUGCAGCCAAUCGCAGCCAGGCACCUGGAGCUGCCCUUCCAGAUCCUCAGAUGCUCCCUGGAUGGGCUGGUGGAAUUAAAUGGAAGCUCUUCACAGUUAGUGAUAGAGCUACUGAAAAACACCAUGCUGAACCAGAGUGUGGUUCUUUCUGUGAGAGGAAUCUCGAAGAAUGUCCACAAAGUGUCAGUUGAAAAGAGUUCUGAGAACGGGAUGAUCAAUGUAGCGGAGAAUCUGCUGGUGUGUGGUCUGGCAGAAAACCUCCCGUCUAAGAGGAAAAACGCUCCAGCUAAAGAGUCGCCACACAGAGCAGAUUGCUGCUGCACAGAGCUACAGAAGCAGAUUGAAAAACAUGAACAGAUUCUUCUCUUCCUCUUAAACAAUCCAACCAACCAAAAUAAAUUUAUAGAGAUGAAAAAGCUGCUGGAAAGCUAA